CUUCGAGUGGCGUAUAUGUAGUUGUACUUGUACCAACACCAAUCACUUGAACGACAUGACCAUCCACACGUUAAUUUGAUUUCCAGUUAUUCAUUCAUUCACCUUUAAAUAUCCCAAUGAAGUGAAAAAAAAAAAAAAAAACCCAAAUAAAAUAGCGACUUCUUCAAGAUGUGGCUGACGGACAGCUCUCCGGUGACCGUAGCUCCGUUGCUCCUCCAAAAUCUCGUGAUCGCCUUUCUGAUCUACGCCGAUAAGUUUCUUGUCUAUUUGGCCAAAAGGUACAGAUUCCUUCACGCCGUUCGUUACCUUUUACUUUCUUCCUUCUUUUUCCUCGUUCGGGUCGUCCCUUCUUUCUUCUUCGAUUUCCUCGUCCCUUCCAACAAAUCCUUUUCUUCCGACAACUACACCCUCGCCUUGCCGACAAAAGAAAACCACGUUGCCGUACACCGCGGCGGCGUAGACUCGGGUAUUGCUCGAGCACUCUCGCAGCUAUUGUCGAUUGUAACCGACAUUCCGGUGAGUUCAAGAAAGUAUGAGGUUGUUCGAUCUUUGGCGGAGAGGAUUAUUGAGGAGAAUCACCAGGAGGGGAACGACGUGCUGCGCGAGGUGAAUCGGUCGGUUCUUUCGCUGGCGUUUGAGAGGACGUUGAGUCGGCUGGAGGCUGCGGUGGUGGAGGUACUCGUUGAGCCGGUUAUGAAGGCCGUUCGGACGGUUAGGGCGGUUCACUCCAGAUUGAGAGCUCGAUGGGAGGCGAACCGGUGGGACGUGAUUUCGGCGGAGAAGCUGGCUGCUGAGUUGCUGUGGCUGGCUCAGAAGUUGGCGGCUUGUGGCUCUGGAGAUGAAGCUGUAACGCAGUGGGCGGCGGCGUCUAAUUUGGCUUGGGUCGCUCUCACGGCUGAACCGCGGUUGCAAGGUUCGAUGGUCAAAGUCACAGCAUUAUUGUUCAUGGAAGCCAACAAGACGGAGCUAAACAAGGUGACCAAGCUAAAGAUGAUGCAGACAUGGCUGCCAUUUCUGUGCAGAGCCGGCAACGGUACAGAUGCGCCGGUGUUGAGCCUAAGCGAGAGGUCGGACUUAGAGAAAGUGUUAGAGGAAACCAUAGAAGAGCUUGAAGAUGAAGAAGAUCAAGAACAUGUUCUGUUCCUCUGGCUCCACCAUUUCACACAUUCUUCUUCUUCUGAUUGGCCCAACCUCCAUGGCUGCUAUGCUAGGUGGUGCUCUGCGUCUCGCAGGCAAUUAAUGCUUCUACAAUAGAAAUGAAGAAGAAGCGGUUGGAAUUGGAUGGCUUUAUAACCAUAUGGUGCUUUUGGUGCAAUGAAUGAUAUGAAAACUUGUGUGAUUAAUUAGUAAGGCUGUUGAUGGAGAUGGUGUAGAUUUCUGUCAGUUCCUUAGCUGCCAGUUCAUAUAGUUUAAUCAAAUCCAUCUCAAAUGUUUGGUGAGAUAAUUAUUCCUA